AUGGUUCUACCGCUGAGGCAUCUUGUCCAUCUGAGAGGUCUGUCAUUCCCCCCCCUUCCUUCCGUCCAGGCAGGACUCUUUCCCUCCAGACAUGAGCUGCUUGCUGACUCUGUGGCAGCUCUGUCAGUGAGGGCUCCAGCUUCUGCCCCAGCUCCGCCUCUUGGCAAAGGCACCUCUGCUCUUACUGGUGGACUCUGCGGCCCUCCCAGCUCCUCAGCUGUAGCUACUACUCCAUUAUGUCCUACAGCGUCUCUCACUCCCAAAGGUUCUAAUGCCACCCAGCAGCCUUUGGUGACUCAGAUUCCUGCUUCUCAAAACACUGUCUUAAAAGAAAUUCCCGUCUCAGGUGUUGGAGCCGAGCAGCCUGCUGUGGAUGACUCCUCCUCCCUUUCUCUUGCCCCUUGCGUGUCUCCUCCAGUUUCAUCGGAUGAAGACCCAACCUCCCCUACUGUCUCAUCUGUAGCACCUGCUGCUCACGAGCAGUUUCCUGCUCCUCCGCUAUCAGCUACUCUAGGUGUACCGGUUUCUCUGCCGGCCACUGAAGACCUGAAAAAUCUCCCUGCUCCAGUAUUGAUAAAUGUAGGUGCCCCUGUUUCUCCACCCCAGGCAGGACACCCUGCCAGAAGAGACCCCACUCUGCUGCCCUUGUCCCUGAUAGCGCAUACAGAGUCUUCCUCUCCUCAGAGUGCGUCUUCUGUGGAGGAGUGUGCCCCUCUAGUGAAGAUGGCUGUUGCUAGGAGUUCUUCCCCAGGAGCUGACACCUCAGCUGCGAUUGUCAGGACGGGCCCUGCCAGCCUGCCUCCCAAACACUCUGUCACUGUCCCAGCAGUGGCUCCGGGUCUCUUAGAGUCUUGUGGUCCUGAAGAGCUGUCUUCCAGAACUGCCCGAGGAACCUCUCCUGCGGCGUCCACUACUGCCACCUCAGCUCUGAUUCCUCUAGCCUCUGAAGGCUGUCCUCUGGCUCCAUCUUUGGCUUUUACCCCCCAAAAUGGUUCUGUUUCUAUGACUGCUGUGGCAUUGGCCCCUGAGAUUUCCAAGUCUGUUUCCUUUCCUGCCUCUCCCCCGACUGGGAUUUCUUUUUCUGGUGCAAAGGAAGGUGAUGGUCUUUCCUCUGUGGCAUCUCUGCCCUCGUUUCCUGAAGGGCACCCUGAAGAUUCUGGUGCUCAUCCAGCUAGUUUUCCAUCUUUAGAGACUGAUGUCUCUCCUCGGACAAAAGGGCCUUCCCCUAAGAAGAGCUCUGCUCUGCCAGGUGUUUCUCCUGCGGGUCUGUUGUCUCCUCUUUCUACACCUGAGCCUUCCUUCCUUCCUGGGGCUAGUCCUUCUCCCAUUCCUCCGUCCUCCAAGGGGGCCCCUGUUGCCCCGACAGAGACUUCUGUGUCCCCCCAAAAGGCCCCAGCAACCUCAUUCCUCAAAGAUGCCCCCACUGUCCCAGCAGAAAUUCCUCUUUUUCUCCAAAAGACCAUAGACUCUACAGCUUCCAAACUGGACUUGGUAACCCGGCCCCCCAAUGUGCCCCCUGUUGUACCAGAUAUGACUCCCUUGUCUCCCAAAAAAACGCCAGCAGCUCCAGUUCCCAAAGAUACUUCAGCAACCCUGUCACUUGAGAGUGGCCCAGCUGCGACUAAUUUACCUCCCCAAAAGGCCCCUACAGCCCCAUCUCCUACUGGAACCCCCAUUGCUCCUACUGAUAGUUACCCCUCCCUCGAAAAUGCACCAGCAACUGCAACCCCCAAAGAGACUUUAGUAGCCUCACCUCCCAAAGUUGCCACAACUAUCCCAGCUGUGUCUUCUCCCUCCUCAGAAAAGACUCCAAAAUCAAUAUCCCCUAAGGGCACCCCAGAUAAGCCCUCCAAAAAGGCACCUGUAGCUUCCAAAGUGUCAGCACCCAAGUUCCCCACAGAGGCUCCAUGUGUACCUCCCUCCCCACCAAAGCCUACAGCAAUUGAAGCAAUCAGUGAGCCUCUAACAGGCCCGGAUUCCCCCAAAGGUGCUCCUGCUGCCCUAGCUGAGGGUCCUUCCUUCCCUACAAGGGCUCCCAAAACUGCAGCCCCCAAAGAAACUCCACCCGAAGGGGUCACAGCUGUGCCACUAGAAAUAUCCCCCUCCCCAAAAAAGACCUCAAAAACCAUAGCCUCUGAUGAAUGUGCAACCUCAUCUUCCAAAAGGUCCCCCGGAAGUACAGCCCCCAAAGAAACUCCAACCCCUGCAGACAGGGUAACCACUACAUCAUUGGAGAUUCUUCCUGCCCCUAAAAAGGCCCCCAAAACUGCAGCUCCCAAAGAAACUCUAGCAACCCCAACUGUAGGGGUCACAGCUGUGCCACUGGAGGUUUCUCCCGCACCCAAAAAGGCCUCAAAAACUGCAGCCCCCAAGGAAAACUCAGCCCCAUCCCCAAAAAAGUCCCCCAAGACUCCCAAAGAAACUCCAACCCCACCUUCGAAAGGGGUCACCACUGUUCCCCUGGAGAUUCCUCCCCCCCUAAAGGCUCCCAAAACUGCAGCCCAGAAACAGGUUUCUGUGACCCCAUCUCCCAAAGAUGCCCCUGCUACCUUAGCUGAGAGUCCUGCCUCCCUUAAAACUGCAGCUCCCAAAGAAGCUCCAGCAACCCCAUCUCCCGAAGGCAACACAGCUAUGCCACUACAGAUUGCUCCCUCACCCAAAAAGGCCCCCAAAGAAAAUUCAGCAAAGUCAUCCCCCAAAAAGCCACCCAAAACUGCAACCCCCAAAGAACCUCCAAUCACAUCUUCUGAAGGGGUCACCACUGCACCUCUGGAAAUUUCUUCCCCCAGAAAGGCCCCCAAAACUGAAGCUCCCAAAGAAACUCCAGCAGCUCCAUCUCCCAAAGGCAGUCCAGCUGUGCCACUAGAGAUUGCUCCCUCCCCCAAAAAGACCUCAAAAACAGCAGCCCCCAAGGAAACUUCAGCACUGUCACCCCCCAAAAGAUCCCCCAAAACUGCAGCCCCCAAAGAAACUUCAACUCAAUCUUCUGAAGGGGUCACAACUGCAACACAACAGGAGAUUCCUCCUUCCCCCCAACUGCAGCCCCCAAACAGGUUCCUAUGAACCCAUCUCCUAAAGGUGCCCCUGCUACCUUAGCUGAGAGUCCUGCCUCCCCAAAAAAGGCCCCCAAAGAAACCUUGGCAACUCCAUGCCCCCAAAGGACCUCCAAAACAGCAGCCCCCAAGGAAACUCCAGCAACC